AUGGACAACGAUGGGAAGAAACCUUUUGCUUUUCCCGUAAUGAAAAAGUCAAUAGAAGAGUUGUUCAUGAACGGAACGACUAGCAAGGAGGAUAUAGAGCGUUUUCAAGAAAAGUAUUGGGAACAAAUGGUGCCGAAUUUCAGUCAGGCUCUCAAAAUUCUUGACCUUCACGAUGUUAGUCGUCAUAGCGUUCUAUGGAACAUAAACGAUCGCCUUUUGGAAGCUGUUAAGUCGCGCAUUUUGGCGAAAGCCGCCGAGGGGGGCGAUGAUAAAAAACACCAAAAGCUCUGGCAAAAGUUGAUUCGUACUGGCAUGAUCUAUAUUCAUCAUCCAUACAUGCGGUCAGCUAUUAUGAUGGUUCUUGGGCAAAUGAACUCAAUUAAAAGUCGUUACGUCUCCUUGAUCGUUGACAACAACUAUCUGUAUAAAGAUGCCCCUCUUCCAGUCCUUCGUCAUAUUUGGAUGACUAAUCAAAAAAAAUUUAAAGAGGAGAUAAUGAACGUUUUGAACGCCUAUCAAAAUGCAAUGUCAGAGGCACUACUCGAUUCUCUUUUGGCUUCUGUAACUUCAGCCAAUGCUGACACCUUGCCUAUUCUCUACUGGCCCCAACGUCGGCGUCGGAAAGACCUGUCUUUGAUAAAAAUUGUCGAAAUGAUAGGAGAAAACGAGAAUCUUUAUGAAAAAGCGCUUGAAAUUUUGCGGGAGGAGAGUGUAAAAUAUCAACAGUUGAUAGAAAAGUCUGCCACCCGUAGAACAGUUUCGACCAGUGAAUGCAUCAAGAAGCUCACGGAUAGUAAGGCAGGCAAAGGUGGUAGUCAAAAGAAGGAGGAAAGUGUUACAUUUCACCACAUUUUCAUUUCGCCCGCCCUUCUGCCUGCCCCGCAGUCUUUAGCGGCCGCACUGCUCUGCACCCUUCGUUUUGAUCUCCUUAUGAGCUUCAUCGAGGCCAAGCUGGACCGGAUUUGUGUAACAGAUCCGAUCCAUCACUUUGUCUGGUGCAUGGAUGCCUGCAUCAAGAGCAAGCGGAUCGACCGUCGUCAUGCCAAUGAGCUGGCAGCUCAUUUGAACCGACACCACAGGCGCCAUUCCAUCCAUUUGUCUCUCUCCUCCGAGAUUGGACUGGAUCAGGAUACUUCUGAGGACUGGGCCCCCAACUUAGAUGAACGUGGAGGUCGAAAAAAGUCGAUGAGAACUCAAAGAGCUGGCGAGAAACGCGCGUUGGAGGAGGUGGAGGUGGACUCAGAUGAUGGGCCAUCUAAAUCGGAUCAGGGAGUUUUAGCCUUCCAACGGUUUGCUCGAUUUUGGAAUCUCAUGCCGUAUUUUAGAGAUAUACAGAUUGUAUGUCGUGAUCCCUGGGUUGUGUACACCGUGUGUUCCUCCCUCCUCAGGGUUGUUAUAACGGGUUUAUAUGAUGAUAAGUCACCUAAGAGCAUCCCUGAAGUUCCAUUUCUCGUUCAUUUGCUAAUGCGAGGCUUGGAGAGUGAUUUGUGCCUACCGGAGGUGGUUUUGAACAAGGAGAUAUCGAAAUCAGAGCCGAAGAAUAAGCGAUCCCGUAAGCACGUGGUCCAUGAAGAAUCGCCAACUCCACCGCCGCAAUCAAAGUUGGACCCAGCGACGGUUCUCAUCACCCAAGUUCUCCCAGCCGCAGCGCAGCUCCAUCUCACCACCUGGCGUAGCCAGGUUUGUGAAGAAAUUCGUAGCAUAGCGAAUCGAAUUUGGCCCAAAUCCGGUGCUGGCGGAAGCGACUCCUCCUCCCACUUGCGUCCCUCUGCCACAUGGCAACGUCGUCUUGAUGCUGCUCAGCCUAUAAACGUUGCGAUUUCACCCGCCUAUUUGGCUCAUCCGGUGGGACAUUUUUUCCUCCAAUAUCACGCUCUCUUUGCACUGGAACGUCGUGAAUGGACGGUUCUCCGAGCUCUCCUCAAGGCUGCAGCAGGGGCUGCUCAAGCAAGACCCUCAAAAGCGCCCCGUUCAUCGAAAUGUGUAUCUUCUUCACCGAUGCCUGCGUCUUUAAACCAGCUCACAAUCGGAUUCCGCUGGCGUCCGGAUUGUCUGCAAGCAAUUUCAUUAGGAAUUGCAUCUCUGCCUGUCUCCUCGGACGACUCAACAACAGGAAGUGGUGCGUCGGUUCCAUCAACGCCUGCUACGUCUGACGGAGGCAGUGGUAGUGGAUUUAUGUCGGAAAAGUCGUCUGCCGGAGCCACUGAUCCCUCCCCGGCUUCCUCCACAACAGGUGCGACCUCGCCCCUCCCUUCUGCCACAGCUGUGUCCACCAUUGCAAAUAAUGCUAGCUUUUCCACUGUGACUCGCGCGGAGCUAGCUAGCCUGCUCCGCACCAGCCUGCCUCUUCAAAGCGAUCUCCAACUCCUGGUUCUUGCACAGUGCGCUAGGUUGGUCCCUGCAACACCCUCUACUCCAACCACCCCAGGCUCAACGGGUGCGGUCACUCCGAUGCCGAAUUUCUUCUCCACUACCGAAAUGGGGGUGUCUACGAAUGUUGCACCUCGAAGUGUUAGUGAAAAGGAGAGAUUACUCAAUGCUUUGUCUCGGCACGUGGAGUAUCCGCCCCAAGAAAGUAGUAGUGGUGCGGGAGAGGAUCAUUCUGUAGUCUCUCCUCCUCUCACACCUACGGGAUUCAAAUCGUCCAACGCGAAGGUUGUGGAAGCUCUCGAAACUCUUCGGCGGGAGUUGGAACGAUCCACAUCCGCCGGGACGAUUUCAAUGAUGGGGACAUCGAAACUGGCUUCUGGAAUGUCGGCAACACCGCUGAGUCCGUUGAGUGGUGGAGGAACAAUGUCGCAGCAGCAGUGUGGGAUGGCUUUACCGAGUAGACUUAUGCCACCUCCAAUGCGUUUUGUCCCACGCUCUGGUGGAGCUCGCUACGUGGCAGGGAUGAAUACGUUCCCCAUGGCAACACCUCUAACCAAUCCUGGGUUGUCAAUGCCUCCACCGCCGUCACCACUAGCACCCCCGCCUGGGAGACUCCUGCCGUCGCCACCGUUAGCGGAUUAUCGACCGCCGUCGCCCGGUGUCGACGCAUCUUCGGCAGUUGCUGGAAGCGGUAGCACUGGCAGUAGUUAUCCCACCUAUGCGACUCCAAUGGGAACAGAUAUGGGGGAGGGAGGAUGUGGAUUGGGCAGCUACUCGGUGUCAUUGUCACCGACUGGAGAUUUAAGGCGCUACGCUGCUCCGAUGGAAUCACAUUCGCCGUCAUCACCGCCGCAGCCGCCGGCAUCACCGUGA